AUGAAACAUACUAUUGAAUAUUCCUCUUUUAAAAGUCAUUUCCCUCACUCUAACAAACGACAAGAAUGUCCAGAGUGUCCGGUUUGUUUCAAUUGUCAACUACCCACUGAUGCAUGUGUGAAUGGCGGUUCAUGCGAGCCAAGUGGCCUUUGUACUUGUCCGAUAGGCUGGGGGGCUGUGGAUUGUUCACAACCGUUAUGCGGCUCACUUUCUGCUGGACAGAGACCACAAAGAGAGCCGGGAGAGGAUUGUGUCUGUGAUGAAGGGUGGGGAGGCGUGAAUUGUAAUGUAUGUCAACAUGAUGGUGCUUGUCGACCUUUAAAAGGGGAUAAUGCCACUUGCCUAAAGACAGCUAUUGGCUUAAAGUCAAUGCAUGCGUGGUGUGCAACAACAAAAACCGUUUCCCACAUAUUUAAAAUGAUAGACAUACCGUGGAUAGAGAAUACGCAUGUAUCAUUGACGUGUGAAUGGGAUAAGAAGGAUUGCAUGUUUCAGUUUUGGAAAGAUAAUGAAGAACAGUUUUAUUGUGAAUUGAGUGAAUGCAGUCAAUCGUGUAAGUCAUCCAAUGAUAAUGAUGUGCAUGGACAUUGCGAAAAGGCCACAUGUGGUUGCAUGGAUGGGGCUUUUAUGUGUGGCAAAGAAGUAGAAUGGUUUUGCAAAGAGGGAAAGGAUUGCUGGUACAAUGGUAAUGCAUACAAAGAGAGAGAGAGAGAAACCAUUGGUAGCGACACGCUUCUCAUGUGUCCGUCUCUAGAAUAUUCGACUCUUGUGAGUGUCUUUCCGGAUAAUAUUCAGCUUUCAUGUGAUGUUGGAGAAUGUGUCAACGAGCAAGAUUACUAUGAUGCAGCGCCUAUUGUAAUACUCUCAACCAUAGAAAUGAUGAUUAUAGGGGCUAUUUUCCUCGCGUGUAUCUUACUGUACUUUAUCAUCAAACUAUCCGCUUCACGACAAAAACGAAUGUUUCGUACUGGAAUACAACUGUCGACCGAUGGCUACGAUGAGGAGGAGGAGGAAGAAGAAGAAGACCAUUUGACGGAUGCGAAUAGGAGUGGUGAAAGUAACCUACCCAAAGUGGCACUUACAUUCUCAGAAAUCCAUUACAGUGUUUCGGGGAAGCCCAUCUUGUCGAACGUCAAUGGAUACAUUGAACCUGGACAGAUGUUGGCAUUGAUCGGUCCAUCUGGUGCGGGCAAAUCCAGCCUUUUAGACAUUCUAGCGCGGAAACAUAAACGGGGCAUGAUCAGUGGCCAAGUGCUCAUCAACAACACGUUUCCGACACGAAAACAGUUUAAGAAAAUGACAGGAUUUGUUGAUCAGGACGAUAGUUUGAUGGGAACACUUACGGUACGUGAGACAUUGAUGUAUGCAGCCAUGAUGCAACUGCCGCGUACGUUGUCUCUUCGUACAAAACAGAAGCGGGUGGAGAUGGUACUACAGGAAUUGGGUAUUAGCCAUAUCGCUGAUAAUCCCAUUGGGAUUCCUGGACAAAAACGCGGCAUUAGUGGUGGUGAAAAGAGAAGAGUGAGUAUAGGAAAGGAGUUGGUGACGAAUCCAAGUUUGUUGUUUUUGGAUGAACCGACGAGUGGAUUAGAUGCUUAUAAUGCAGAGGUUGUUAUGGAAUGUCUUCAACGCCUUGCCCAUAGUAAGAAGCGGACGAUUAUUGUUACUAUACAUCAGCCACGAUCCAAUAUCUUUAAAAUGUUUGAUUCCGUGAUGCUUUUGGCUCAUGGACAAAUGUUAUAUUUCGGCCCAACAUCCUUUUGUUCGGGCUAUUUCAAAAGCAUUGGGUUGCCUAUACCCAAUGACUAUAAUGUGGCCGAUUACUUGAUUGACAUCACCAUGAAAAAGGCAUUCGAAACGGGUAGUCAGUCGCCCAAUGCAUCGCCUGGAACACCGUUACCCUUGAGAAGACCAGAGGGUGAUGCUUCUGAAGCUUUAGAGGAGUCAGCGUCAGCGUCAGACGCGCCUCUUUCACGAUUUUCAAACCUCAUGCACCGUCGUUUACGGAACCAGGCAGAAGAAGCCGGGUCAGAAGAGCUUAAUCUAUUACUGGAGUCCAAUCAAGUUCGUUUCCUGCUCGAUUCAUUCAAGGCAUCUCGUCUGUACAAAACUCUUAUCCAUCGUUUGCGUCAGGCAAGUAGGCAGCGACAGGAAUCGCAAGAAGAAGGCAACAUGAAUCAUGAUCAUGAUUAUUAUACGUCAAUGCAAAUCAACUUUGCAUCAGAGGCACAAGACUCGCCUUUUUCUUUAAAGCAAUUCUACCAUGAAAGUAUACUCUCUUCCCGUACGUUCAUCAAUCUUUACCGUAACCCAUUUCUGUUUUUUGCUCAUUUUAUCGUCUCUGUUCUCCUCGCGCUUCUGUUGGGCAGUGUAUUUUGGCAAGUGGACGUCGAUCUCUCUGGGGUUCAAAACCGGUUGGGCGUUCUUUUCUUUAUGUGCGCGCUUCUCGGAUUCGCGGCGACGAGUAGCUUGGAUAUGUUUGACAAGGAAAGGAUUCUCUUUAUGCGUGAGCGCGAUAACGGGUAUUAUAGUCCUGUAGCCUAUUUCGUGGCCAAGGUGAUAUUUGAUAUCGCUCCUUUGCGUAUCUUGCCGCCGUUAGUGAUGGGAUCGAUCUGUUAUUAUAUGAUUGGGCUGAACGCAGCAUUGCCUGUUUUUGGAAAGUUUUUGCUUGUUUCGGUCUUGUUUAAUUUGGCAGCGACUGGACUGUGCUUGUGUUUUGCCACAGGCUUUCAGAGUAGUCACAUGUCCGUGGCUCACUUGUUGGCGAAUUUAGUCAUGUUGUUUUCUAUGUUGUUUGGUGGAUUCCUGUUGAACAAAGAUCACAUACCAGCUAUGUUGAGUUGGUUACAAUAUCUGAGCUUCUUCAAUUACGGCUAUGAGGCGUUGAUCGUCAACGAGUUGAAGGACAUUACACUACGCGACAGAUCCAUUGCAGACAUUCAAAUACCCGGACCUAUUAUUUUAGCGAGAUUUGGUUUCAAUGGACAAGCAUUUUGGCCGGAUGUGGCUCGGUUGGUCUGUUUCAUACUUGUCAGCUUCAUUACAUCUUUUCUUUUUCUGAAAUAUUUUGUCAAAGAGAAGCGAUGA